UACGUUUUCUCAAUCGCGACUGAGUGGGUCGAUCAAGUCGACGGUUCGACUGCUGUUCACACUGUGACUGGAGGCCAUUCAACUCGGCUUCCUUUUCCCAUCUUCCGACCCAAACUUGAGCUUCUCUAGACACUCGCCUGGCGCCUAUCAGAGUCGCCACGGUGGGCAUCAUCAGUGCUUGUCCCUGGGAGAAAGACUAGGCGCAAUGACACUCGGACGAUGGAGCUGGGACUCGCCUAUUUAUUUAUAAUACAAAUGAGACUGGCUCCCCCACCGAACGUGCGAUGGGGUUCUGAAUCCUUUUCGUCAAUGCUGUGUCGACCUCUGGGGAUUCAUUCGCUACUAUCCCUUUUACCCCAGGCGUCAUGACCGUGAACGAUCCAAAGGAUGUCUUGAACACCAUCAACUUCGUCACACAGUGCUUGUGUAUCCCUAUCGUCAGUGUCUUUGUAAUCCUGCGGUUCGCGAUUCGUACAUACUACAAGCAAUGGGUGGGAGUGGAAGAUUGGUCUUGUCUCGCAGCAUGGAUUCUGUUUAUGGGGUACUGUUCCGUCUCAAUUAUAGUGGGAAAAUAUGGGGGAGGGUACCACAUUGAUGAUGUUUCGACUGCACACCAAGUCCUUUUCCGCAAGUUUUGCUAUGUCGCCACCGUCCUCUACUGCCCCAUGGCCCUGCUGGUCAAAGUCGCUCUCCUCUCCAUCUUAACUCGCAUCUUCGCUCCGUAUCGCACCAAGAUUCUCAUGAUCUACUUCUUUCUGGCCUGUCUGUUUGUCUACUAUAUUAUCGCCGAGAUUGUGAAAAUCCGGAUGUGCGACCCUAUCCCAGGAUACUGGACGGGUAACCCCAAGGCCAAAUGUAUGGACCAACAAGCCGCGCUCAUCGCCGACUCAGUCAUUAGUGUUGUCUCCGACCUGAUUAUCCUGAUCUUGCCUCUUCCUUUGACGUGGUCUUUGCAAAUGUCCCGCAGCAAGAAAAUGCGAGUCAUUGGUAUGCUUUCGGCUGGUGGACUGGCCACAGCGUUCAGUCUUUACCGUUUGGUUUUGGUGGUCAGAGAUGGCAGCUCAAGAGAUAUGACCAUUGUAUUUAUUUGUGUCAUUCUGUCUGGCAAUGCGGAGGGUGGGGUCGCCCUGAUAUGCGCUUGCCUUCCCACCAUCAACAUUCUCGUCAACAAGCUCCGCAAGAAGGGCUAUUACAGUUCCGACCGUUACGAGCCCACCUCAUCCUUGCAACUGAGUAAGAUGAAGAACGGGGGCAGUAAGAGGUUUUCUUUGGGCACGUCACGUCGAGCCGAUGGACUCGAAUCUGCUUCGGAUCAAAGUCACCUUAUUUCCUUUGCUGGUGGGCCUGAUGUUGCCUCCAGUGUGGAAACAGGCGGUAUUCAUAAGACGGUUGACGUAUCACAGACUGUUGAGGUCAUGGCAGAUAGGGAGCACUAGGUUGGAGUCACUUGGGGGUUACUUUCGUUUUCUUUUCCUAUGUUAUGGGAUAUACCACUGGCCGUGCUUAACGAGACUAAUAUUCUUCUUGCAGUCAUGAUUCUGGGUGGAGGUUUAGCUAGAACAUGUAUAAAUAGACUACCUAAGCUAUAAUGAUGAGCAUAUACCUCCAU